UUUCCGGUGUACACAUGCCAGUCGGUAGACAUUUUCUUCCGCUGCCAUUAGGAUUGAGCAAUAAUGUCGUUACCGGCUGUCGGACGGCCACGGAGUCGCACUGAACGUCAGACGCCAGAUGUUCCCCAAAAAUCAUGUAUGAAGACAGAAAACCGCAAAAAAUUACCGAAAGCAGAUGGAAACAAACCUAUUCUACGCCGACAAUCUUUGGCACCCAUUUGCACUCCCGUGGGCAAACCUUCGACUGACACUCCAAAACUAUCCGGAGUUGAUUUCCCUCAUCAGAAACACACCAGUAUUUGUGGUAAGACAGGUUUAAGUCGGCCGACAAUUAAAAAUGUUUGUGACAUACCUACUGCAACACAAUUAUCGAAACGGUCGAAAGUCGCGAGUGAGUCUUUGUUAGAUCGAGCAAAAUUGGACAGAAGACAGACACCCGAAAAAUGUUCCAAGGUAUUUGGUUCGAUUGUGCACGGUUUCACAAAGGAUGUGUUAUCCAGUAGCGACGAGGAUGAAUUAUACAGACAAUAUUUAACAGAUCAAGGUCGUUCAAACGGACUAGCACAUCGACAGAAAUUUCCGUCCGAAUUCAACACUGAAGAUGAGAAAUACGGGCAUUCUAUAGCAACAAAGAUGAGUCAGAAAGAAUUAGAACUGAUGCAUUAUCAACAGGCAUUGCUUGAACAAAUGAUGAAUCCAACUUUCCCAGAAAACUGCAUUGAUUUGAAAUCCAGGACAGGAAAGAAAUCAAAUAAGAAAAAUAGCAAAAGAGGAAAAGAUAGAAAUAUAGAUAUAGAAUCUUCACCAUGUCAACAAUUUACAGAACAAGGACACAAGUUUGAGGACCUUCCAUUGCUCCGACAGUCCCGCCUGAAAGUUUCCGUAGAUCCCGACGCAGCAGUUCCCGAGGAAGCGCAAUACAUUCCGACCCCACCGGGAUUCGAGAAAAUUCCCUGUCGACUGGUGCCCAACAUGGGUGUGGACACCUCUCCUGCUUCGAGAAAAGUACGAUUUAAUACCGUGGCGGAAAGAGGAACACAAAGAAGGGACUGAAGGGACUGAAUGAACUUUAAGAGAAAAAAAAGCAUGGAAAGACUUAAAGCGGGGGUGUUGGCAAGAUAAACGUCCAAACAAGGAGGAUCAUAAAAGGAUACUUGUCCGAAAAAAUGCAUUCUUCAUAUGAAAGCUAUGCAUUUGGAAGGGAAAUUGUAUUGUUGAUAGAUACUGGGUUUGCUUUAAUGUAACAUCGCCGUGUCUUGGCAUACUUCACAAUUAGCAGACAAAGAAGGCGUUGAGACCCAGGAAAAAUGACUAACCAAUGUAACAUUGCUACUAGAUCACUUAUAUAUUAAGAAGUUCGAGAGAAUGGUUCUGGAUGUCCAAACUGUCAAAAGAAACAAAUACACAAAAAUGUACAUUUCAUCUACAGGCUGGUCUAUGCUAAGCAUCCAAACUAUCAACUGACACCAUGCCGAUACUCCAUACGUGUAAGCAAAGAGCCGAUGUAGGAAGGUAACGAGAUUGCUUGGCUCGACAAUCAACCAUUUUGACAAACACAUACCAAAAAUCGCCCCACAUCUCGACGGCGCCUUUAUCUUUACUCUAAGACUAACGUCCAAAAAACUAAAUCGUUAUGGAUCAAGUCAGAACAGAAUAUCUUUGUAAUAGUGGUUAUAUAGCAGGAAGCCCACAUGCCACCCGACUGGUUAUUUUAGCGAUUAUAAAAAUAAGCAUUGAAAAUAAAUAUUAAAAGUUUAGCAAUCUAAAAUCUGGCUGUUGUCUCGGAUUGUGUAACUUGGCCAGUGGCAUACUGGGAUGAAGGGAUAUCAGGUCUGUUGAAAUAAUGACCUUGAUCCACUCCCCGUGGUACAGGUCAUGCAUACUGGUUUGUAAUUCUGAAUGUUUAGUCUACUUGUCUUAUGAGAAUAUUUCAUACAGAUUCUAAUGAAUAGCCAAAAGACACUUAGUCGUGACAUUGGACUAGUUGCAUGCUGGCAUAUCUAGUUUGUUAACAGUCGUAAGAGUCACAUUUGUUAUUGAAACGCUAGCUGCAAUUAAUUACGGUUAGCUCCUCACUCAAAAAUGCAAAACAUAAUUUUCUCCAUGUUUCGUACAAUUAGCCGCAUUACAUUGUAUGAGUAUUUCAUCUGAACAUCUGUCAGUGGUAUGCAUGUUUUUCUAUCGGAAGAUGAUUUUUGUUUUGCAUUUUGAAUUACCAAAUACUUUGAUAGUUGCCAAGGUAUUGUCCACAAACUUUUGAGUAAUUGAAUGCCAUAUUUUACUUUAUCUUAUGGUUCCGAUAAGAAAGCGUGUUCAAUUAAGCCAAGUGAAUACGUAAUAGUACACGUGAUACAAUAAAGUUUCCUCCUAGGUAAAAUAUUACUCCGCUGUAUGUAUAAUUUGAAAGAGUCUCUAAAGGUCAAGGGUU